AUGAAGAUAAGCAAAAGGAAGGGGAAGAAGUUUAAAAGGCAAACUAUUAUGUCCUGUAAAGUUGCUAAGUUACUUUCAUAUGAGAAAUUGAUGGCAUUUGUUAAGUCUAUAGACAAAGGUUGGGUUGGAAAUGUAAAGGAAGAUUUUUGCUAUGACUUAAAUGAGGAUGAGAAAGUGAAUGGGUGUUACAGAUCUUUAACACAAUAUUUGCCAUUUCUGGCAUCAUUCUAUUUAAAGGUUGCUCAGGAGAAUCUCGUAUGGUUUAAUAAUGAGAUCAACACUUUUCAUGUGGCGCUGGGUGGUGACGGGGCCCCUUUUGGGAAAGACGACACCGCCUGUUCAUGGCUGGUGAGUUUCCUUAAUAGGGGUAAACACAUCUUAAGUAACAGUGAAAAUUUUCUUAUUUUUGGGGCAAACUGUUCAGAAAGUUCGCCUGUUGUUCAGCGAUAUGUUAAAUUUCUUUUUCGCGAGAUGUCAGAAAUUGAGAAGAAAACAUUCCAGGUUAAUGGAUCAGAGGUCAGGUUUAUUUUUUCCGAAUUUCCAAAUGACCUUAAAAUGCUUGCUUUUUUAGCUGGGGAGUUGUCAGUCAGUGCAACUUACUUUUCAACUUUUAGCAAUGUCAAUACCAGUAAUUGCGAUGUUAUCAGUGGGACAUUUGGACCAGGUCCUACACACACACGGCAGUCAUGGGAAUACAAUCAAAGGGUUGCCAUAUCUAAGGAGGUUGAGAAGUUGAAACUUAAACUUGAAAAGCAAAAAGGUUCUAAGGUUACAAAGAGAAACAAGAUAACAAGCUUUAUUUCUGACCAAAAGAGCAGACAGGAAUUUGUGCCCUUAAUAGGGCAGUUUAUUGAUAGGGCCCACAUAGAACCUUUACACCCAAAGAACAAUGCAUGCCAGCAGCUUUUUAGAAGAAUUCUUUAUGAAAGUAUUGGCAAAUCAGCUCUUGACAAAUCAGUGGUGAAUUUUGAACAAGUUCCCAAUUCUGCCCCAUUUAGUAGACUUGUAAACUGUCUACAAAAUAAAGCGAAGUUGCCUCGUCUUGCCAAAAGGAUAAGACGGUAG